AACUGUACCAACUAUAAAACGAACAACAGCUGCCAGGCACAAGUAGGACAUAGGUCGCUACGCAUCUAAACGAAGGAUCUAACAUUUUUCUUGAAGUGCACGUGUAAUCCGACGUCUGCGUGAAGGAUAGUUAUUUGUUCAAAACAGUGAUAAAUCAAGUGUUCAUUUCGGUUUCAUUCUGUGCAAGUAUUGCAUUAUCUUGGUUUUGAUUUUCACUUAACGGAUGUUAGAUCAGGUAAAAUCAUAGGACGUGUAAUAAACUAAUAGCAAAAAUCUACGACCAACAAGUCAUUCUGUUUGUGUAUGUUUCUUAUAGGAACAAAUUGUGUUAUAAAUAAACGUAUAAUAAAGUAUAUACCUCAAAGUGUACUGAAGGAUGGGAACUGAAAAAGAUGUGAAAUUUAGCAAUGCAGUUAAUGGAGAAAACUCGCAGGAACGAAGCCAAGGAAAUGUAAAUAGUGAUGAGCUUGUAGGUCACACCGUGCAGAAGAGAAAUUGGAAGGGCAUAGUGAUUGCUCUGGUUGUUAUCAUCAUCGUGUGUGCCCUGAUCAUCACCACAGUCAUCCUCCUAACUCCAAGAAAAAGCGAUGAACCGCCGAAACCAAAGUUUACAUUCGAAGACUUCAUAAAGAAAAAAUUUGCACCAAAAAGCUUUUCUUUCAAAUGGGUAACAGACUCCGACGCCAUUUACUACAGAAAUGAUGACGGCGCCGUAAUACGUUACAACUGCUCAACAAACUCUUCUGCAGCAAUCAUGGGCAACUCGACGUUUAAAGAACUGGAUACCUCCACGUAUAUGAUAUCUCCGGAUGAAAACUAUGUGCUGCUGGCGUAUGAUGUUCAAGCGAUUUACAGACACUCAACGCGGGCAAAAUAUAAAGUCGUUAACCUUCAUAAUAGAAAUGAGAGCUCACUUCAGGGACCAAACGGCACAGAGUUCCAGUACGUGUCUUGGUCACCCACAUAUGACGGUUUGGUAUUCGUACAGAACAACGACGUCUACUACCGUCGGAGCAUGAACCUGCAGGACGUGGACGCGUUCCGGGUCACUGACACAGGGGUCAUGGACCAGAUUUUCAACGGUGUUCCGGACUGGGUAUAUGAAGAGGAGAUCCUCUCUGAAGACCACGCCCUCUGGUGGUCGCCCACUGGUAGCUACUUCCUGUUUGCCUCGUUCAACGACACGCUGGUCAGGAACUACCACCUCACCUAUUACGGGUCCAUGACAGACCAAUAUGUGACGGACAAGAAACUCCUUUAUCCCAAGGCGGGUACAACCAACCCUGUGUUCUCUCUGCAUGUAUUCCACACGCAUUCGAACAAAACGAUCAACAUAGAACCGCCAGAGGACUUAAAAAAUAUCGACCACUACUUCACGACGGUCACGUGGGCGGAUAGUGAGCGCGUGCUGAUCACGUGGAUGAACAGAUUCCAGAACAUGACGCUCUAUACGAUCUGUCAUGCGCAGAACGGCUCCUGCUAUGAGAACUACCGAUAUCUAGCCCCUUCCGGAUGGUGCGAAACCCCGUCUGCGAUCGUAUUCAAAGAAGACGGCAGCGGGUACUUCACGGUGCUGCCAUUGCGGGAGGGCGAGGCUGGUUAUUUCCGGCACGUGGCCCUGGUUGACGCCGGAAACAGUGUAAAUAUAAAAAGCGAUAACCUGGGAAAGAGGACGUUUAUAACUUCCGGUCAAUAUGACGUCAUCGAAAUAGAGAAAUAUGACCCCAAAACUGCCUUAAUAUAUUAUCUCGCAUAUAGGGCUGGCGAUCCUACAUCGAGGCACGUCUACAAGACUUCCACUCGUGAAGGAGACGUGAAUUUCUUGAAGCCCACGUGCGUCUCGUGCACGGACCCGGACACGUGCGACUGGGUCUCCGCGAGCUUCUCAACCAAGCCGGAUGGCGAGUUUUAUAUGCUCACGUGCCUCGGACCUAGCGUUCCAACGUACACCAUGCGAUCAACGGCGACGCAAUCCGUUAUAUCAUUCGAGGACAACAAGGAGGCAGCUGAUAAGUUGACCACGUUGGCUCUCCCAAGAACCAAGUUCCUGCGCAUUCCCCUCGAUAAUACCAACUCAAUGUGGGCGAAGCUGCUAUUGCCAGAACCUCUCAAAGAAGACGAGGUGAUACAAUACAACAUGCUCACAAGUGUAUAUGGGGGCCCCGACUCUCAGAAAGUAUCCAAAGCCUUCUCCCUAGGUUGGGAAGAUUACCUGGCCAGCUCACACAACAUUGUGAUUGGCUACGCCGACCCACGUGGCUCGAGUGGGCGGGGCGACGCCUGGAGACAUGCUAACUACCGCCAUCUUGGAACCACCGAAGUGGACGAUUCUAUAGUUGCGGGAAGGUAUUUCAAUAGCCUGAAGUACAUCGGGGAUAGGACGGCAAUUUGGGGAUGGUCUUACGGGGGUUAUCUGACCGCCUCAGUGCUAGGUCGCGGCUCGGAGGUGUUCGACUGCGGCAUGUCGGUCGCCCCGGUAACGGCAUGGACGUACUAUGAUACUGUAUAUACAGAGCGGUAUAUGGGCCUUCCAGAUGAAAACUCUGAAGCUUAUAAUUAUGCAAAUGUUUCUCGGUAUGCCGAAAACUUUAAGAAGAGCACAUUUAUGCUCGUCCAUGGAACGGGUGAUGACAAUGUACAUUUCCAGAACUCUGCGCAUCUAGCACGAGCGUUGACAGAGGCAAAUGUGUACUUCCGUUCGCAGUUUUACAUCGAUCAACAACAUUCCAUUAAUGGCGGAAACUCGCGCACACAUCUCUACAACACUCUUGAGGACUUCCUGCUCAAUUGCUUCGAUGGUCGUUCUUCACGAAUGGAUGAAUUGAACAAUCCAACAGUCGCGAAACCAACAGAAAAGGAUGUCGACAACGACGAAUAAGUUUCCUGUACUAAGUAUGAUCGCUGACUAUUUGGUGCAUUUCGUCCAUGUCCGUGAAUAAUCAAGGGGCUAUGACAUAGUUUGGGGCUAGAUCAUGUCUUUUUAUUUUCAAAAUAAAAUAGUUAAUAUAUAUGAAAUUUUAUGUGAUAGAAACAAAUUCGCAUAUUAUGCAGUUUUGAUAAAUACCAAUUUGCUUUGAUAUUUAAAAUUCGUUUUUGGAUAAAAUUACAGGGGCCAUGUCUAAAACGCCAAGUUAACAACUUGGUAAAUGAUGAAGACUUUUACAAUUAUUGUAUAUGAGCACACAGUAUUGUUAAAGAUUUCGCCUUACAAACUUAGUAUAUAACUGUUAAGAUUUUUAACUUUAAAAAGUAUUUAACCAACUGUUCGAUAUUUAACAACCGUAAUUGUUUUCUGUCUCGUGUAAUACAUGUUGGUCAUUCAUCAAAAACAAAACUUUCAGUUUAUUUAAUCAGAAAUAUCCCAACCAUAUAAAAACUUUCAAGUUUACAGAACUUAAGUUCGGAUAUAACAUAUAGGUAUGUCUUACAAAGUUUGAACGGAAAGUUUCAAUUUAGUUAUGAUGGAAUAUCAUGGAUAAACAUAGUUUCCGCUGCACCUUAAUCCUAAGGUUGUGAUAUUUUAAUCCAUUUUGUUAAGUGUUUAUAAGUUUUUUGUGUAUGAUAAUUUAUUCCGUGCAUGAUUACGCAUGAAUAAACAAUUGUUUAAUGGUUGCUAAGCUCUGCUUUAUUUUGUGUUUAUUCUAUUAUUGUACAGAAUCAUGUUAACAUUUAUAGACAAUUCAUGUUGAAAAUAUUAACCGUACUUUGCAUUAAUGUAAUGUUUUAGAAAUUCGACUUUAACAACGAUUGUAUCUAAUAGAUGCUUCGCAAUAUAUCUGGUUAUCGAAUAUCCGUAUAUUAUCGAAUAAAGAUUGUGUAUAUUGUAUAA